AUGGACACCGACGAGCGGCGGAAGCUGUUUCUCAAACGCAAGAUAGACUUGUUACAACAUGACAGCGAUCUCUUCAGCAAGGUUCUCAAGACUCUUCGGGACGGUAAAAGAGAGAGGAUUUCUGACCUACUUGCCCUCGUGCGCAGUGAUGCCUCCCUUAGCGAAAUUAGGAUCCUUGUCGCUGAAAAGCUCACCGAAACAUCUCUAUCCGAGGAUUGCUCAGUAGUUGAGAAAUUGCACUCCCAGGCAGAAGAAAAAGAGAUGACAACGGCCAAGAGUCGCCACAAAGCAUUAGAUAUUGAAUGGCUGUCAGACAUACCUGUUCUUCAAGUCCCGACACACCCAUGGACGAACAUCACCCACGACGAAGAUUUCGUUCUACGCCAGUGCCAGUUUCAUGGGAAAGGAUGA